UGGGAGCGGGGGCGGGGCGGUCCAGGAUUUCGGGCCUGAGCCCCAGGCCUGCAAAAGGAUUCGGGGGCCCCCAGCCCUGGAAGGUGCUCCCAGCACAGUCCUGAGAGGAGACAGCUGGGACGCAGACUCCCCUUUCCGAUACAGGGAAUUGGGGGGUGCCGUGGCAGAGGCCCCUGACUCCUGCCCACCGCCUCCCAGCCCCAGGAUGCUCUCUUUUGCCUCCUGCCUCCCCGGGUCUUUACUGUUCUGGGCGCUUCUGCUGUUGCUCUUGGGAGCAGCGUCCCCAAGGGAUUCCGAAGAACCGGACAGCUACACGGAAUGUACAGAUGGCUAUGAGUGGGUUGCAGACGGCCAGCACUGCCGGGAUGUCAAUGAGUGCCUGACUAUCCCUGAGGCCUGCAAGGGUGAAAUGAAGUGCAUCAACCACUACGGGGGCUAUCUGUGCCUGCCUCGCUCUGCUGCCAUUAUCAGCGACCUGCAAGGCGAAGGACCUCAAGCACCAGUGGGCGCUGCUCAACACCCCAGUACCAAUCCUUGCCCAGCUGGCUACAAGCCUGAUGAGCAGGAGAGCUGUGUGGAUGUGGACGAGUGUGCCCAGGCUUUGCACGACUGUCGCCCUAGCCAGGACUGUCAUAACCUGCCUGGCUCCUACCAGUGCACCUGCCCUGAUGGUUACCGAAAAAUUGGGCCAGAAUGUGUGGACGUAGACGAGUGUCGCUACCGCUAUUGCCAACACCAGUGUGUAAACCUGCCGGGCUCUUUCCGCUGCCAGUGUGAGCCAGGCUUCCAGUUGGGACCUAACAACCGCUCUUGUGUGGACGUGAAUGAGUGUGACAUGGGAGCCCCAUGUGAGCAACGCUGCUUUAACUCUUAUGGGACCUUCCUGUGCCGCUGUAACCAGGGCUAUGAGCUGCACCGGGAUGGCUUCUCCUGCAGUGAUAUCGAUGAGUGCGGCUACUCCAGCUACCUCUGCCAAUAUCGCUGUGUCAAUGAGCCAGGCCGAUUCUCCUGUCACUGCCCGCAAGGCUACCAGCUGCUGGCUACAAGGCUCUGCCAAGACAUUGACGAGUGUGAAUCAGGUGCACACCAAUGUUCCGAGGCCCAAACCUGUGUCAACUUUCAUGGGGGCUAUCGCUGUGUGGACACCAACCGUUGCGUGGAGCCCUAUGUCCAAGUGUCGGACAACCGCUGCCUCUGCCCUGCCUCCAACCCCCUGUGUCGAGAGCAGCCUUCAUCCAUUGUGCACCGUUAUAUGAGCAUCACGUCAGAGCGAAGUGUGCCUGCUGACGUGUUCCAGAUCCAGGCAACCUCUGUCUACCCUGGUGCCUACAAUGCCUUUCAGAUCCGUGCUGGAAACACGCAGGGGGACUUCUACAUCAGGCAAAUCAACAAUGUCGGCGCCAUGUUGGUCCUUGCCAGGCCAGUGACAGGACCCCGGGAGUACGUGCUGGACUUGGAGAUGGUCACCAUGAAUUCCCUUAUGAGCUACCGGGCCAGCUCUGUACUGAGACUCACUGUCUUUGUGGGAGCCUACACCUUCUGACGACGCUUGGGGAAGGGUGGGGUAGGCCCCCUUCCCAGCCCUUUUUCCCGUCCAUAGCUUAAGGAGCCUGGGGCUUAGGGAUGGCUGUUCUGUUCAAAGGGACAAUGAUGUGAAGGACAAUAAAGGGAGAAAGAAGG